AUGCCGUCUUCUGCUGAUCUGCUGCAGAAUGACCUGUACGGACACCGGCAGCUUCUCGGCGCGUUCCUACUCGCCAACGCGGCCGUCUUCACGGCGUGGCGUUUCGCUGCAUCCUCCGGCAGCGCGUUUUGGGAAAGCGUCCUCGUCCGCAACUUCCUUCUCUGCCGGGGAAACCUCUCCCAGCGCCGGUUUUUCACCUUCUUCACGUCGUGUCUGAGCCACCGCAGCGCGAGCCACUUGGUCUUUAAUUUGUUUGUGAUCAACCAGCUCUUUCGCCUUCUCGCGUUCGACAUGACAGACUCUGACUUCGUGGCGCUCUUUGGCUUGGCUUCGCUGUGUGGAGGGGCUGGACACCUGCUGGCGUCAACCCGGCCUGUCCUGGGCGCCUCCGCGUUCGCCUACGCGCUGCUCUGGACUGAGGCAACUCGACACUCGAGAGAAAUGUUCCGCAUCCUUCCAAUUCCGUUUUUCCCGGUCACCGCCCUUCAGCUGGUGCAGGCGGCUCUGUGUAUCGAAACCGCAAUGGCGUUUCUCUCGCGCCCAGCGAUGCUCGCACGCUUUCCCUCCUCGCGUUUUCUACGCUUCGCACAAGGCAUCUCGUGGACAGGUCACCUCGGAGGCUUGGCUGCCGGCUGUCUCUACAGCUGGUACAAGCGCCACUCCGCGGGGGAUCGGUCCUGGCCAGGGUUCGUGGAGCUCAAUCGAAAGUUUGGAGCGUCGGACUGGGCCUUCACGCGUCAAGAUCUCAAGGCGUCAACAACCAUUUUUCUCCUCGAGUGCAAAGUACUGUUUGCGUCGAGCGACUUGGAGCGGACUGUAAUAAUCCGGCAGCUGGACCGCCUGCGCAUGCAGAAGGAACUGCGAAGGCAAGCUGUGGCUCUCGGAGGCAUUUUCCUCUGA